AUGACCAACCUCAAGGAUCUCUUCCGGGCCAAACUGCGGAAGAACGACAAGCACCUCGGCGACGCUAUGGGUUUUCCUGCCUCCGAUCCUUUUUUUGUCAGUAUGGUCAAGGAUGCAAGGUCCAAGGGAACCAGUAUUACCAACGGGUCAGACAACUCUUCAGAGAGUGUCGCGACUCGAGGCUCAGGGACUACUAGGAUCUUCCUUGCUGCUAAAUGUCUAUUGGCUUCUAGACAGUUGAAGAGGCCAAAGAUCAAGCGGUCGCAAAGUCUUCCUGGAAUUAAGAUUCACCGUUGUGGGCGGUCGAAUCUUUUGGAUCCAUUACGCAGGAAACAUCGUCCUCGUCCACUUAUCAACAAGACGCUUAGUGAAGCCGACAUUCGGUGUCUGCGUUCGGACAAAGCACCUCUCUCCGCCUUGUACAAACACCGCCUCCGGGAAUAUCGUCUUCUUAAACAAGAGCGUAUCCUGAAAACGAAUUACAGAAUUCCACCCUCAAGCUUAGAGGGUAGAGGGGCAGGAGGAACUGGACUUCGUAGAGGACUAGGGAUUCCAAAACAUGGAGAUAUGUCUAAAGCACGAUACGCGAGGAAGAACGUCUCCGAGCCUGCGGGAGUAUGUAUGACAGACUUCUCGUACAUCUCUCCCGACAUUGUGUCCCCCGCUUUACAAGAAGAGCUUCGUCUGAAGGGGUAUACGCGUUCCGUCCUGGGAAGGAUAUUAGGACCGAAUCGACGUGGACGGAUCUCGUCAGCGGGUAUGACUCCACCGUACCGCGACAUAGACCCGUUGGACGAAUUCGGGAGGUCACUGAGUCGCUCACUUGCACUCGGGCUUUAUGGAGAGGAGUUCGAGAAUGGGGAGAGUCUCGAGGAGUACGUCGAGUCGAUCCCGUCUCGGUGGUGGAACUCUAUCCUCGCUAUUCCCUGCCCAAUUCGAUUUGGUAGGAACCAAUUGGCACGUCGCUGGACGAUGGCGUUCUACCUCUUCCUCACCUCACUAGGCUUCCUAUUCGAAGCCGUCGCGCUCUCCUUCGGACUGCUUGAAAGACGUCGUCGUGGCGAUUUCGGUGCGAAGCCGAACACGAAGAAGGAUGCUACUAUGAUUUUGGCGACUGCGAUGACUAUGGGUAUUUCCCUUGUCGCUAUUUACGUCCUCUUUGUGUUUUGGACGCAGGUGGAGUGGGCGCUUGGGAGGAGGACGGCUAUCAUCUAUGCUUACGAGUCAAAACGUGCUGUGACUAUCGAGGGAAUGAGGGGGUUCCAGAACCCAUAG